AAGUUUGGGAAAUCGCAAUCAAUUAUGUUUGUGGUCAUCGGCAUCUUUUACAUCUUCAAUUCAUGGACAGACGUUAUUAUGGUGUUUUUGAAUGUCCAAACUGACUUUUGGUGUUCAGUUCCUGCGCAUUUAAAGGAUAUAAUGUCUAUAGAAGAGUGGAAGCAACAAAGCGGUCAAACUGAAUCCAGUUGCGCCAUCUACAACGUCACUUAUCCAAUGGAGUUGAGGUCGUUACCGCUAUAUACCCCAAAAGUGCCCUGUGAAUCGUUUUCGUUUGACACAUCCCAAUUCACAUUAACGGUCACAAGCGAGUGGAGCUUGGUGUGCUCGGAAGCCUACAAGGUUGGAUUGGCCCAGACCGUGUACUAUUUUGGUCAAAUGUUUGGUAUCAUAAUCUUUGGGAUCCUUUCGGAUACCUUUGGUCGAAAACGGAUGUUUGUUCCAUUGACUUGUGUCAUGGGCAUCUUUGGGAUCAUGGGAGCAUAUGUGGGAACUUACGAGCAAUAUCUAAUCAUAAGAUUCGUUAUAGCUUUGACCAAGAUGGGCAAGUAUCGUUUGGGAUUGCCAUAGAUGACAUCAUUAACAAUAAAAUCCAUCCAAACAUUGCAGGAGCCUUUGCCAGUUAUUUCACUUAUUUAAUGGAAGUCAUCGGGGGUCGUUGGAACUCCAUCUUCAGUCAGAGCAUCUUUCUUUGGUGGGUGUUUGCGUGGCUCAUAAUGGCUCCGUUGGCUUACUUCAUUACCAAUUGGCGCGUUCUUCACGGCGUGACAGGAGGACCCGCCGUAUUGGCCAUAUUUGUUUAUUGGUUGAUUCCAGAAAGCCCCAAAUGGUUGCAUGCAUCUGGACGACAUGAAGAGGCCGAGAAAGUUACCAUUCGUAUAGCGAAAGUGAACGGCAAAUCUCAUCGAGUGGCCAAUGACUGGAAAUUACCCGCACCUACUGGUUUAAGCCAUCAAGGACGCGAUUGGGUGUUGUGGAGAAUGCUGCAAUUCUCAGAGCUUCGGAAAAAGACGCUUUUGUUGGGGUUUUGCUGGAUUGUUGCUUCCAUGACAUAUUUAGGACUUUCCCUCAACUCUGGCAA